AUGAUGCUUCUCAGCAAUCUUAGCCCUCCUCUCAUCCAAGAGGCCCUAUCUCAACAUAUGUCUGUCUUGGACCUCUUCCUUCCUGGGUUCACAAACAUCACCAUUGCUGCCAGUCAAGCCCUCAAUGGCAACCUGACUGGCUAUACUCAGUUUAUGUGUCUCUUUGCGUUGGUUGCGUUCUUGAAACCAUAUAUUUUCGAAUUGAGAGAUUGGUUCAUUCAACGCUGCACAACAACAAUCUACAUCCAACGAUCGGACGAAACGCACGAUAUGGUACAAGCCUGGGUCUCAUCUCGUCGGUUAGACGAUGCUGCUCGUUCCAUGCUUGCCAAGAUCCGAACAAAGCAAGAUUCAACACGCGAGAAACACCUUGAAGGGAAAAAGGCUCUUCAAUACGCCCCGUGGGAAGGCUCCUUUCUCUUCCGGUACAAGUGCAACGUGCUUCAAUACCGGACUACACUGGUGGAGCAAGGUUUCCACAAAGAGGAGCAAAUCUCCAUCACUUGUGCUGGGCGAUCUUCGGUCUUGAAGGAUCUCCUGGAAGAAUGUCGAACUGUAUACCUCAACGAAUCAAAGAAUAAAACGAUCAUCUAUGGGCACCGCGAUGAAUACUGGAGAAAGGAGAAAGCAGUAGCUGCUCGGCCUCUGUCAACAGUCAUUCUCGACAAGAAACAAAAGGAACCUUUGAUCAAGGACAUUCAAGAUUUCCUCAACCCUGAAACCAGAUGCUGGUACUCCGACCAUUCAAUCCCCUAUAAGCGAGGAUACCUCCUUUAUGGGCCGCCUGGAACAGGAAAAUCCAGUUUCAGCUUAUCAGUCGCCGGUGAAUUGGAUAUGGACAUUUAUGCCAUCAGCAUCCCCGGCGUAGAUGAUCGAAUGCUGAAUAAUUUGUUCGCCGACCUCCCAGGCAGAUGUGUUGUCUUGCUGGAGGAUAUUGAUGCAGCAGGAGCUGCGUGUUCUAGGGACUCCGACUCGGAAGAUUCGGAUAAUGGCAUAGACGCGAGGCCGAAAAGGAAGGGGGUCACUCUUUCAGGCUUGCUGAACGUCCUUGAUGGUGUUGCCUCUCAGGAAGACCGAGUCCUUAUCAUGACCACCAACCAUCCCAAAAAGUUGGACUAG